UGUGGUCCUGAGUUGCCCUUCAGCUGUAACAUCCUCACUGGGAGCAGGUUUUGGGGGUACUUUGUGAGGUCUGAGGUGUGUUUGUGCACCUUUAUCCUUUGGAGCCGUGUGAAGGCAUUUCAGGAGCCGGGUGGGUGUCCUCCUCACCUACCCCCAGAUAUCUGCAUGUCUUUGUUUCUGAGUGAACAAAAGUGUCUUUGUGUGAGGCCUCGGUGGGUGAGGUGCUGAGGCAGCAGAGCCUGUCCCGUGACGCAGGUGCCAGCGGUGCUGGCAGCACUCCCUCUCCAGGCCUUCCCACCGCUCGGCUUCUUGGACAAACCUGUCCUGCCUCGAGCUGACACAGGAUACCUUCCCUCCUCCAUCAAUAUUUGCUUGGUGCCGGGAGGGAAAGGCUCGAACGGCUCCUGUUGCCGCGGGAGCUCUGGCUCCUCACGCCUCCCCUGCCAGGCCGCUGUGCCGCACGGACGGUGCCAGAGGCCCCUGCGGACCAUGAGGGACCGUCUGGCGGAGCUGCAGCAGCGCGUGGCGGCCGAGGGGGACCCGCACGAGGACACCCUGGGCUUUGACAACCCGGCACUGGCUGGGGAUGAUGCCAGCCCCGUGGGGCGGGCGCUGCAGGAGGCGGCCGAGCUGUGGCGGGCGCUGGACCAGCUGGAGCAGCUCUCAGAGACCAUCGACAGGACGCAGCAGACGGUGCUGUGCUGCACCUCGGAGCAGAGCAUGGCCCGGGAGAAGCAGGGCCUGGGCGAUGCCCGAGCCUCCUUCGCCCGCCAGGCCGCGGCCCUGCAGCCCCGGCUGGGCGCUCUGCCCACGGGCCCGGCGGGGGGCUCGGGGCGAGCGGGGCCCCGUGUGCGCCAGACACAGCUCUGGCUGCUGGUGAGGAGGUUCGGCGCCGUCCUCGCCCGCCACUAUGCCCGGGAGAGCCGCUACCGCCAGCGCCUCAAGGAGCAGAUCCAGAGGCAGGCGGAGCUGGCGGGCAUCGCCCUGGGCGCUCAGGAUGUAGAGCAGCUGACCGAGAGCCCUGGGGGGCCGCGCAUCGUCGGCCAGGACCUGGAGGAGCUCGAGGCCAAGCACCACCUCAGCGUGGCCCAGGCGCGCCAGCGGCAGCUCCUGGAGCUGGAGGCGCAGAUGGCGGAGCUGCGGGGGCUGUUCCUGCAGCUGGAGGGGCUGCUGGCCCAGCAGCACGGGGCGGCCGACAGCGUGGAGCAGCACGUGCUGCGCUCCCUCGACUGCGCCGCACAGGCCGAGGUGAAGAGGGCCCGGCAGUACCAGCGCCCAUCCAGGCUCUCAGCCCUGCUCAGCGCGGCCCUCGGGCUCUGCAGCUGCUGCCCCUGCUUGCCUGGCCCUCGGGGCCUCCGCUGAGCCGGGGCUGCACCAGGGGUGCGGCAGCUCUCGGGGACAUGCCCCGCUCUGGGCAAGGAAGGCUGGCACGGGAGGCUGCUGCUGUCUUGUGCUUCUUGCACGGUGCUGCAGGGGCCAUGCACACCAUGUAUGAUGGUGCAAGGACCGCGGGCACCUUGUUUAACAGUGUAAGGACAAUGCACACUUUGCUUGAUGAUGCAAGAACCACGCAUGGCUUGUUUGGUGAUGCAAGGACUAUACACACCCUACUCGAUGAUGUAAGGACCAUGCACACCUGUCAUGGCACCACAGGGACCGGGAACAUCUUGCGUGGUGGCACAGGGACCACCCACACCUUUCUGAUGGCACAGGGACCAUGCACACCUUACCUGGCAACACAGGGACCAGGAACACCUUGGACAGUGAUGGAAGGACCAUGUAUGAUCAUGCAAGGACCAGGCACACCUUGUAAAAUUGUGUAAGGACAAUGCCCACCUUGCUCGAUGGCACAGCUUGCGUGGUGGUGCAGGGACCCAAAGCUAAGGAAAAGCAGAAAGGGAAUGACCUCUUCGUAUGUUCAUUGAAUUAAAUUCUUAGGAAUCGAGAAAACUUAAUUUUCAGGCUGAUGAAUGCAUUUCUUUUCCAUAUAUGGAUAUUUUCAGGAAGCCCCUCAGCACCAGGAAUGUGCAUCCCUGCAAGGGCAGUGGUUCCUGGGGAUCCAGGCUGAGCAGUCUCUGUUCCUGCCCUCUUCCUCCUUCUUUGUUUUUCGUUUCUGACAUGUAAAUGAAUAUUACUUUUUCAUUCAAACCUUGAUGAAUAGAAGUUACCUCUUUAUUUAAUUUUCAUUUAAAAGACCCCACAACUUUCCAGGCCAUUGGAAACACCCUCUGCAUCCUGCAUCAAAACCCACAUUUAAUGUGUGGCUGCAAAAGCCUCCUGGGAAGCACUGGAGCUUUUUACAGACUCCCAGGACAUGGAGAGAAGGGAAAUAAGCCUCAGCAAGGUCGGGAGGUGGCAAAUCCAAGUGCAGUAAAACAUUUAACCACCUUUCAUGCACCACCCUCACAACAACUCCCUGCACAAACAACUCCCUGGAGCCUUGGGUGGCUGGGCAGUGUCUGACCCAGCUGGUUGAGCUGCUCCAGAGGGGAUUAUCCAUAAAGUACAGGGAAAAAACCCUGUGUCCCCCUCAGUGCUUCCUGCCAGGAAGUAUUUGCAGGGGAUUUCAUGGAGCACAACUCCUCCAGAGCUGGGCACGGAGUGGCUGCAGCAGCCAGUGGUGUUUUCCUGCACAUGGAAUUAACAGCAAAAUAACCCUAAUUUGUGUUACAAGGACCCCUGAGGAGUUAAAGAAGGAGGAGAAGAUUAGAAACUUUACACCUCAGAGCAGAUCUUCCCACCAAUGGCUUCAGCAGUUUAUAUAACUUUAUUCAUCUAUUUUUUUUUUCUGCUACUUGGUGUCCUUCCACUAAAUAUUGGCCUCGGACAGAACCUAACUACUGCAUAGCAAAAUAAUUAAUAAUAUUGUAAUGUGAGCAUGAACACUCAAAAGGAUGGAGAAGAUUCCUUUCUCUUCCCAAUAAAGGCUGGGACUUCAUCUAAAACACAUUUACUUUAUGAGUAUUCCUGGAGAUGAUGAAGGUGGAGAACCUUCUAAGACUGUUCUAAGGGCUGUUUUAAUUAUGUCCCAAAUGAGCAUCAGAAAUGUAAGAAGUUCACAUUUAAGGGGAAAAAUAAGAGAAAGGCAAAGUUAAAAAUCCAGCUACACACACCCCCCAGCUCUGCUCUGUGCUGACACAAGAGGCACUAAAACAGGAAUUUGUAGUAAAAUGGAU